GUAUUAUGUGCCUUUCGUCUUGAAUAAGGCUUGCAUUCGCCAUUAGCAUCGGCAGUCGAAGCGACAGAAGCCGAGCCGCGCUAGCCGAAGCUCGAACUCGAAGCGUCGUGUGUAAACGUUUAUUUGCCAUUGCCAGAUCCGCUUUGCUCAUUUCAUUGGGUUAUAUUGUGCAGUCAGUACUGAAGUUUUCGUUACGCCACGUAUUUCCAUUUGAAAUAUUUUCCCUUCGUGGUUACAUACAGGGGUCGAACUCGAACGAUUUCUACAGUACGAACGCGGUUCCCACAAAUAUACACGUGAGUAGAAGUGUAUCCGAACCUAGCGACAGGUGUUAGUGAAUCCUCAUUGUCAGUAUGUUUGUUUGUGCUGCUCUUGUAGACUGUGACCGGCAUACCAUUCCUAUUACGUUGCAAAGUUGCUUUCCAUCAUGAGAAACUUCAAAAAUGCACGUGCAACAUUAUAAUAACAUUGUGUAGGAUACUAAAUUAGUGAUUAUUAAUUGUGAAGUGACUUGCUUCAGUGUUGUUCCAAGGAUCACCUUGUUAAUUACUGACAAAUUGUUUAAUUGUGUGAGAGUUCUAUAUCAAUUUAUAUUGGCUUUUGUGAAAGUGUAUGAGUUGUGCAAAAACAAUCAAACUCAUGUUAUAAUUUUAAUAUGAAAAGACUAUUUGAAUAGUUGUACUGCGUCAUAUUUUUGGAGCAUUUAUCGUUUAAUAUAGACAAUCUACAUGCAAAUCCUUGGAAAAUAUGAUUGUGGACCUAUACAAUAGCGGCUGCACGAUGAAUGCCAAUGACAAGAGGCAACUGGAACGAGAAGCUCUGCGGAGCGUCAUCCAGCAAUGGAACGCGAACCGUGUCGACUUGUUCGAACUCAGCGAACCGAACGAAGAUUUGGAAUUUCACGGAGUGAUGCGAUUUUAUUUUCAAGAUUCUGGUCAAAAAGUGGCAACUAAAUGUAUUCGAGUGGCGUCAGAUGCAACUGUUGCUGAUGUCAUAGAAACAUUAAUUGAGAAAUUCAGGCCUGAUAUGCGAAUGCUAUCCCUACCCAGCUAUGCCUUAUAUGAAGUCCAUUCCAAUCACGAAGAACGGAGAUUAUCACCUACAGAGAAGCCUUUGCUAGUGCAGCUAAAUUGGCAUAUAGAUGAUAGAGAAGGAAGGUUUCUCCUUAGGAAUGUCGACCAUAAAACAAAUGCACCUGCUGUGGAUCUUGCAGAAUCAAAUAACUUUAAACGAAAAUUGUCUAAACGAGAAAAAAAAGAAUUUAAGAAGAAAGAGAAAUUAUCUAGAUUACAAUCUGAUGCUUCAAAGGAAAAUAAAAAUGCAGAGAAAUUAUACACAGAGCUUCCUGAAACUUCAUUCACCAGAUCCAUAUCAAAUCCUGAAGCAGUUAUGAGAAGAAGGAGACAACAAAAACUAGAAAGAAAGUUACAGCAAUUUAGGUCUAAAGAUGGAGGACCUGAUACCGGGGGUACUUUGAAAAUAUAUGGUGAAAGCCUGUGCCGUGACGUGCCUUACAAAACACUUUUACUUUCCAUCAGAGAUUGCGCUCAAGCUGUGGUCAGAGAAAUGUUGACAAAAUAUGGCCUAGAAAAUGCAGAUCCUACGCAUCACUGUUUAGUGCAGGUGAAUGGUGAUGGUUCUGAAUAUAUUUUAGAUGAUGAUGAAUGCCCAUUAGCUAUACUAAUGAGUCAGCAGAACAAGCGAGGUUCCAUAAUGUUUCACGUGCGAAGACGACCAGCCGAUGCGCAACCACGUCGGCGGAAAAAGAAACCGCUUUCUGGACCAAACGGUUCCACUAGUGGAGGAUUAGAUUGGAGCGAAGGACCGGCGUUGAUUGAAAUGGGACCUCACGGUCAACAAUUGGAGGGCGGUCGACGCAUUAGAAUCAGUUUGGAACCCUUAGAAGUUGGUAGCGCGUCAUCAGCCGGAGUCCAAUUGUUUGGGCCAUUGAUUCAGCCUAAACAUUGUCUGAUUGCAAUUCAGGACAAUGCGUGUGUGGUCACACCUCUACAUACUGAUGCUCCAACGUUUGUCAAUAAUCACCGCAUUUACCAGCCCACAGUACUUCACCAUGGGAGUGUUGUAAUGUUCGGUAGAGUUGCUUCAUUUAAGUAUAGUGAUUCUCAACAAGAUGGCAGACUAAGCAGACAUUUAGCAAUAUCUCAAUCUCAUCUUGAUAAUGCUUCAGUAUACGACAGAUCGCCAACGUCACCGAUAUUGAACGAACGAGCAUUGAGCCCAAUGGAAAACCUGGAUGACUUGAAUAUAGAGACUAUGCAUCAACAAAAACACACAGGACUCGAUAUGACAGAUUAUACGAUGAAACACGAAAACGAUAAUCACAUUCUUAUCAAAACUGUAAGCUCACAUAAAAAUAACCAUGAUGAUCCCGGGCGCGACAACAUUGAGACUACUUUUGAUUUGGAUGGAAACGUUGAAACCAAAUCAGUUGGCAGCGCUAAAAGCGCAGGGUCUAAUCAAGAGAGCAGAACCAACAAUUUAAGAACUGGACAAGAAUUAAUACUUCCAGCUGUAUUGGAAUUUCCUGAACCACCUCAAGAUAUAUUUUUGAGGCAUGUUAUAACUGAACUUGAUGUCAAUAUUCCCACAUUUAAAUUAGCUCCAGUAUAUACCCUAUAUUUGUGUGCAAGAUAUCGCGCUUCAACACACUACCGACCGGAGUUGCAGCCUACAGAAAGAGCAAAUAAGCUGACAAUAUUAUUACAUCAAAUUGCUAAUAUUAUCCAGGACGUCAUCAAGGAUCGAUACAAAGACGCAAAAUCACUUUCAUUCUGGAUGGCAAAUAGUUCGGAAUUUCUACAUUUUUUGAAAAGUGACAGGCACAUAUCAGCUUUUUCUGUACAAGCUCAAGAUGUUCUUGCAGAAUGCGUGCAAAGUGCGUUUAGAUAUCUUGUAUCUUGCUUUCAUGCUGAUCUAUCUGAGAUGUUGGGGCAAUUUCUAUCAGAAAAUAUAGAUCACGAUUCUGCAGCAGGAUUGGUCUUAUCCGUUCUUGGAUCAGUUAUGGCUUUGCUGAGAAGAUGCCGAGUAAACGCUGCACUAACAAUUCAAUUAUUUUCACAAUUAUUUUAUUAUAUAAAUGUCAAAUGCUUUAAUAAGGUAGUUACUACACCACAAAUGUGUACUCCGUUUUGGGGCCAACGAAUUCAGCUUCGAUUGCUACAACUACAGCAGUGGGCGGAAAGGCAAGGAUUAGAAUUGGCAGCCGAUUGCCAUCUAGCUAAAAUUGUACAAUGUACUCAACUAUUACAGGCUCAUAAAAAUAUUCCGGACGAUAUAUCAGCAAUUAAUGAAGCUUGUUUUAAAUUGAACUCAUUGCAAAUUGGUGCAUUACUAAGGCAAUGCAGUGACAAUGUCGCACCGCCACUUAUUGAGAUCGCGGUUAGGAAUGCCGAAAGUAUAGCUGAUGAACUUAUCAAAGGAGAUGGUAGAGAGAUAUUGCUGGAAGAAUGCAGUGAGUUAUCAUUGGCAUUACUAUUACCUGAUGAUGGAUUUUCAUGUGAUGUAGUAAAGGGUGUGCCUCAUGGACUUGUUGAUUUUUUGCAACCACUUCAAAGUGCUGGCCUUUGCCGCCUUGCUGUACAACCGACGAGCAUUGGUCAUUGGACUGUUUAUAUGCAUCAUUAUCAUGCAAGAUCUUCUAGUGCUCUGUCAAACAAAGCAGGCCAACCUGAAAUUCAAGUCAUUAAAUUGCACAAAAAUUCUAAUGGAAUGGGCCUUUCUAUUGUAGCAGCUAAGGGAGCUGGCCAGGACAGGCUAGGUAUUUAUAUAAAGUCUGUUGUUGCUGGUGGAGCGGCAGAUUUGGACCAAAGACUUCAAGCUGGAGAUCAACUACUUAAAGUCGAUGGACAGUCUCUGAUUGGAAUCACACAAGAGAAGGCUGCAGAAUUUUUAAUGCACACUGGUGCUGUUGUAACAUUGGAAGUUGCAAAACAGGGAGCUAUUUAUCAUGGUCUGGCUACAUUACUUCAACAACCGAGUCCACUUUUGAAUCAAGGCCCAAGAAGAAUGUCGGAACGCGAUUUGCCGUCACGAGUUAGUGCAGAGGGCUCGGUUAAAUCUAUUCUGCCAUCUAGUAAAUCAGUACCAGCACUGCACCAUGGUGGUUCUUCGAUGCAGGAAAUGUCAGUGCAAUCAGCUAAUUUAAAAUCUCAUAGCACCCAUAACUUAACACAAAAUACAACACCACAGCAAGAUCAAGGUUUUUAUCAAAACCUAAGUGUAUAUAGAGGAAAUUCAUCACAGCCAAAUUUAGAUCGUGGAUCAGGUUUAAGGUCCCCACAGAAUAUGGUUCAACAAAAUGUGCAUCAGAGUUCUAGGCCAGCUUCAGCAUACUUUCCUAACCAAUCUCAGGUGCCAAUACAAACUUCCAACCAACCUGUUUCUAAUCUUAGAUCUCAAAGCACUAAAGAUAUUGCAAACUUUUCGCGUGAAAAUCUUGCACAACAAAGUUUAAGAAACACACAAAAUUAUAAUUUAACACCUAGCAUGCCAAACAUCACUUCCAAUGUGCCACAAAUGAUGAAUAAUUAUAGUGGCCAAAUGUUAAAUCACAGCAUGUCCAAUGUGUCACAAGUCAGUAAUACGCAAUCAUUGAAUCAUGCUAUGCCAAAUGCAGCCCAGCAAUACAGCAUGAGGCAUGGUAGCACCACAUUGCCAAUUGCUUCCAAUCAAUUAUUACAUCAUACACAUUCUGUGGACCAGGUCGGACAAAGUAUGUCGAACAGUCAAAGAGGGUUAGCCAAGAUGGCCGAGAUGUCAGAGGAGGUUCGAAGGAGACAAUACAGGAUUUCCAACACUGGCCCAUUAUCCCCAAAUCGAACACGACCACUUUAUGGUGUUGAACCACAAGGAUAUCAGGGAAAUAUAUUAUCUUCGCCUGUUAAACAAAUGCCAAAUAUAGCUCCUAAGCCUCAGAUAAAACAAACUAAAGGCCAAGAUGAAGGUGCAUUAUCGCCUCCUAUACCACCAACAUCCACGCAUCCUUUAUAUAGAGGCAAUAACAACCAAAGUGCCGGUCAUCAGCAGCAAAGCAACAUACCUCAACCAAAUAUGCAAUUUGCACAAUCACACCCAAAUAUAAAUCAACAGCAAAUGCAACAAUUGUCACUAUCUAAUCAAUCUUAUAAUAGUCAACAAAUGAGUGGUUCAAAUGUACCUACACACAAUCCUUUGCAGCAGCAACAAUCUGAAUAUGGAAACCAAUUUAGCCCUCAAUUUCCAAACCCAGGCACUGGCUACACAGCCAGUAUGGCAGACCCACCUAGAGUAAAUUUUUAUCCUAUGAAUGUUCAGGGAUUGCAGUCACGCCCUGGUUUUGGAGCAAAUAAUCCAUGGGAAAGAGAGGAAAGAGAAAAGGAACUUGAAGCAAGGCGCGAGCAGACGAGACAAUGGAGAGAUCAACAAAUAGCUGAACUGUCUUCAUUGCAGUCGAGAACUCCACAACAAGAUGAGCAAUUGCGUGCAUUGAAAUUGGAAAGGGAAUUCCAACGAAGAGCACAAGAAGCUCAAAACGAAGAAGAAAUUGAACAGGAUAAGGAAACUACUGAAAGAGUUCAAGGAAUUUUGAGGCAAGCUCAGCAAAAUAGCUUAAUCAAUCUGAAAGCUGAUAUCAAAUUGCAUCAGCCUAUUACAAACAGUACGAUUUCUAGUGUAACUCCGGCAUCUAUGGUUUCCAUGAAACAACAUGAAGAAAUUAGUGGCCAAAAUACAAGUCAAAUAUAUACACCUAAUGAUGAAAUGACAAUAACAGUUCCGAACAUGAAGGAAAGUAAUACACCCAAAUCAAUUUUAAAACAAAACAUGAGAAUAGAAAACAUGAAUGUAACUUCUUCACCUAGUAAGCAAAACAAGAAUACUCAUUUCUCUGAGUCAAUCAGUUCCCAAAGUUUAUCAUUUGACAUAACUCCUAAUGCCAACUCAACUGUGAAUUCAAAUAUGUCAAAAUUGACAAAAAAUUUUGCAAACAUGAGUUUCAAUAAAAGCACUGAUGGUAUUGAUAAUGGAAGCAAUCAGUACAAUGCUGCUGCUAGUGAGCACAGUACACAGCAGGAUUAUUCUUAUUACAAAAAGGAACAAAGCAUUGAAUUUCCAUUAAGUCCUCCACCACCUCCAGAGAGAAAUAGCAGCUUUCAGGUGAUGAAUCAACAAACAGCAUUGCGAAAUAGCAUAAACAGCCCCUUGGUAUCCAGUUCCAUGGACCUGUUUAAUCGUGCAUCAGAUAAUGCUUCACAAAGUGCAACAAAUGCUGCUCAGACAAUUACUUCACAACAAUCGGCACGUGAUAGACGGGUUUCAUUCAAUGAAAAUGAAGCAGCAUCGUCCGCAGUUAUGCCAAGCCCUCCUCAGGAUUUAGAUAUUAUCCGCGAGGAUCCAGAUAAAUUCAUUAUUGAAGCAGAAGGCAUGCUACAAGGGCCGCAAACUCCUGAAGCAACUAUGGCUAUAACACCUGGCGUAAUAGGAGCACAGGAAGUUUAUAGAGAUCCAAGACAAAAAAGACUUCUGGAACAACAAAGGCAAGCCCAAAUAAAUAAUACACCCAUUCCUGAGAAAUUAAGUUUUAAAGAAAAAAUGAAGAUGUUUGCACUGGAAUCAGGAGAAAACCAAACACCACGUGAUAAAUUGAAAAUUUCUCGAGCGCAAAGAGAUAUAGACGCCGUACAUUGAGUAUGCAGAUUAUUUUUUUAUGUAAAGCUAAAUCAAAAUUGAGUGUCAUAAAGAACAUAUAUGUUUUAUGUAUAUUAUUUUGAGAUAUAUAGAUAAAUUAUAUUAUUAUUGUUAAAACUAAUCUCAAUAACUAUUGAACAGUAUUUACAUUUAUGUUUUAUAUUUUUUAAACAUUGACAGAAAUGAAGCAAGCAAUAUUUUAAAUGUAAUAUAAUAAAAUAAUGAUUUUUACAUGAAAUGUGGAUUCAUUAGUGAUCUACAACUGACCAAUUCUAUGGGACACAAUUAUUUUAAAGAUGUAGUAAUUAAAAUAAAACCUAAAGUAGAAAACUUUCCAAAAAUACUUUUAGCUAAUUCCAAUAAUGUGCACUUAAAUCAA